AUGUUUGGCGUCAAACGAGUAACAGCAAAUAAUCUCGAAACGUUUUGUUUCAUUCUAUUUUUGCUUAUUUUUGCAAUCGCUGCAGCUGCAUACCUGUGGGUUGUGGGGAGCCAGGAUGAAAAGCGCAAUAAAUAUAAAUUGUUUUUGGAAUGUACGCUUAUUCUGACAAGUGUAAUCCCUCCUGAGUUACCAAUAGAACUUUCACUAGCUGUCAACACGUCGUUGAUUGCUCUUCAAAAGCUAGGUAACGAGUAUUUUGCACCGAACCGUUUCGAAUUCCAUUCGCUGGCAAAAUUGAUAUUUGUUGUUUUGACAAGACUGGGACGCUUACCACUGAUAAUCUCGGUCGUUGAGGGCAUCGCAUUCAGUUCCAGUGAAGAGAAUGGUAUCCUGAAAUCGGUUGCUGAUAUCCCACUAGAAUCUUUACAGGUUCUCGCUUGCUGCCACAGUCUCGUUCGAUUUGAUGAUGAUCUUGUUGGCGAUCCACUCGAAAAAGCUUGUCUAACUUGGUGUGAUUGGUCACUUACUAAAGGAGAUGCCGUCCUACCACCAAAGGGUUCCAAGCUGACUGGCCUGAAAAUCUUCCAUCGUUAUCACUUCUCAUCUGCAAUGAAAAGGAUGACAGUUGUCGCUGGAUAUCAAGUCCCAGGUUUCCAAGAACCGAAAAUGAUAGUCGCUGUGAAAGGAGCUCCAGAGACGUUGAGAUCCAUGUAUGAGAAUGUACCGAAGGAUUACGACGAAGUUUUCACGAAUCUUACCCGACAGGGUGCUCGUGUCCUUGCAAUGGGAAUCAAAGAUCUACCUCACACAAGGCUAGGAGAGCUACGAGAUGCCAAACGAGAAAAUUUGGAGACAAAUCUGCGAUUUGCUGGAUUUGUAGUUAUAUCUUGUCCUCUGAAACCGGACACAAAAGCAAUGAUAAAGGAAAUUGUGGAAAGCUCCCAUAAGGUGGCAAUGGUAACUGGUGAUAAUCCACUGACGGCGUGUAAUGUAGCUAAAGUGCUCAAGUUUACCAGAAGGAAAGUACCUACUCUGGUACUAGACGAGCCUGUGGAUAAGUCUGCACCGUGGAAGCGGUGGAUGAAUCUGUGGAAUAUGAUCCUCAUUCCAUACACGAAUAAGCAACAGAUGAAGAAGUUUUUCAUGGAAAAUGAAUUCUGUCUUACUGGACCGGCGUUUGCAUACUUGUUGGAAAAGGAACACAGUUUCCUGCGCGACAUCAUUAUGUAUGAACGUGUAAUUAACGAGUACAAGUCGCUGGGUUGGGUAACCUUGAUGUGUGGAGACGGAACAAACGAUGUCGGUGCCUUGAAGCAUUCCAACGUUGGUACGUACUUUGCCUCACUUGUCGGCACGAGUGCAGCCAUUUAUUCGGUAUUGCCAGUUUUCUCUGGAAUCUUCUGUUUAGGUGUCGCAUUACUAUCGCAUCCAUACGAUGCCACAAAGACUGAACAAAAGGAAAAGGAGAAGAAAGAGAAGAUAGAUGAAGCACGCCGGCUUGUGCAAGCUGGAGCAUUACCACCAGUACCUGCUGGAAUGCCGAGCGCUGUAGCGCGACGCGGGGAAGCACCACCUGGUGCUAGAGCGAGGAGUACACAUCCUUCUGUGAUAAACGCACAAAACAAACUAGAGAAGCUCAUGAAGGAACUAGAAGAAGAAGAGCGAGCGUCGAUUACAAGGCUUGGAGACGCUUCUAUCGCUGCUCCUUUUACAUCAAAGUACACCAGUAUAGCAUCCAUAUGUCACGUGAUCAAGCAAGGAAGAUGUACGCUGGUGACAACUCUGCAAAUGUUCAAGAUUCUUGCCCUAAAUGCCCUUGUGUCGGCUUAUUCACUAUCAGCACUUUAUAUGGAUGGUGUCAAGUUUAGCGACACACAGGCUACAGUUCAAGGAUUACUUUUAGCGGCUUGUUUCCUCUUUGUAUCUCGCUCCAAGCCUCUGAAGACGCUAUCCAAGCAGCGACCGUUAAGUAAUAUCUUCAACGCCUAUACGCUUUUAACUGUAACCGGUCAAUUUAUUGUUCACUUUGGUUGUUUACUGUACGUUGUCAACAAUGCUCAUGCAGCUUCUCCAAGACAGGAAAAAGUGGAUCUCGAGGCCAAAUUCACGCCAAAUAUUCUGAACACUAGUGUUUAUAUAAUUUCUAUGGCAUUGCAAGUGUGCACUUUUGCGGUGAACUACAGAGGUCGUCCUUUCAUGGAGUCCUUAUUGGAAAACAAGGCGAUGCUUUAUAGUGUACUCCUUUCGGGAGCAUCUGUAUUUAUGUUAGCUAUGGGUGCUUCCGAUGAUGCCAUGAAACAGUUUGAAUUAGUAGUGCUACCGCUAGAGCUCCGGGACAUUCUUGUCUAUUGUGUUGCUUUCGAUCUCGUCGCUUGCUACACUAUUGAUCGAGUUCUGAAUUUUCUCCUAGGGGAUAUGUUCUAA